CCUCGAACUUGAUCCGUUUCAACAGUAUGAUAGAUGAUAGGCCAAUUUUGACAUAAAACGGCGAAGCGACCUUCACCCUCGCCUUUCCCGUUCCUAGGGUUCCGCUUGCCGCCCCCACUCGGCGGCGAUGGCGAAUCGCACUGACCCUGCGGCGAAGAGCAUCAGGGGAACGAAUCCGCAGAACCUGGUGGAGAAAAUCGUUCGCUCGAAGAUCUACCAGAACACGUACUGGAAGGAACAAUGCUUCGGAUUGACGGCGGAGACCCUCGUGGACAAGGCGAUGGAGCUCGAUCACAUCGGCGGGACGUACGGCGGCACCAGGAGACCAACUCCUUUCAUCUGCUUAAUCCUGAAGAUGCUCCAGAUUCAGCCGGAGAAGGAUAUUGUGGUCGAGUUCAUCAAGAACGACGACUACAAGUAUGUUCGUGUACUCGGCGCGUUCUACCUCCGGCUGACCGGCACAGACAUCGACGUCUACCGGUAUUUGGAGCCGCUGUACAACGACUACCGCAAGCUCAGGAUGAAAUCGGCCGACGGAAAAUUUAUCUUGACCCAUGUGGAUGAGGUGAUUGACGAGCUGCUGACGAAGGACUACGCCUGCGACAUUGCACUACCCCGUGUGAAGAAGAGAUGGACCCUAGAGUCGCAUGGUAUACUAGAACCAAGGAAGAGUGUGUUGGAAGAUGACUUUGAAGAGGAAGAAGAGAAAGAGGAGAACGAGCAGAUGGAUGCAGUGGAGAAUGGUGUCAACGAUGAGAAGGAUUACCACCAUGGGAGAAGCCCCACGAGAGAAAGGGAUAGAGACAGAAGACGGGACAGUCAUCGCUACAGGGACCGUGACUACGAUAGGGACUAUGAUAGGGACCGUGGCCGUGGACGAGAUAGAGACAGGGACCGCGAUAGGGACCGAGACCGUGAUAGAGACAGGGAUCGUUACCGCCUAAGAGACGAGAAGGACUACAGUCGCGAUAGGGACCGCGACAGAGAAAGGGAGGGAAGGGACAGAGAGAGGCGAGACAGGGACCGUGGCGGUGGGAGGCGGAGGAGUCCAUCAAGGAGCCGGAGCAGGAGUAGAGAUCGGAAGAGGCGUCGGAGCCCCAGUCCCAGAAGGGACGGAGGAGAGGAGGCCAAGAAGAAGGAGAAGAAGAAGAGCGAGAAGAAGGAGAAGAAAGAUGACGGCACUGAUCAUCCGGAUCCUGAGAUUGCAGAGGCCAACAGGAUCCGUGCAUCUCUUGGUUUGAAACCACUGAAGUGAGCUUUUUCUGUUCUCCGCAACCUUUGGCGGCAUGGUUUAGUGCGUAUAGUGAGCCUUUUGGUUUUUUAGCUUCUGCAUCACAUAUUUGUAGUGUAAUGAGUUUGUCUUUAGAGUUGAGAGUGUUCCGUAAUUGGAUUAGAGAGAUCAGUGCCUAUGCCAUUGCGAUGUACUGUGUCUGUGUAUCAUCCUUUUACAUGUUCGAAGUUCCAACCAUCUACUAUUGGUCACAGAAAGCCAGUGCUAGAAACUAUUUAAAUAUGGAUUGCCGGCCACGGAUAUUGACCAUCUCUUAUU